GAGCUUCCUGAUCUGGGACGUGGGCGGCCAGGAGAAGAUCCGGCCGCUGUGGCGCUCGUACACGCGCUGCACCGACGGCAUCGUCUUCGUCGUCGACUCGGUGGACAUCGAGCGCCUGGAGGAGGCCCGCUGCGAGCUGCACAAGACCGCCAGGCUCCCCGAGAAUAUGCAGGUCCCCAUCCUGGUGCUGGCCAAUAAGCAGGAUCUGCCGGGAGCCAAAGAUCCACAGGAGAUCGAGCGGCUUCUGGGCAUCGCAGAGCUGGGCAAUACCCAUCUGUGGCAUAUACAGCCUGCGUGCGCGAUCACCGGCGAGGGUCUGGACGAAGCGCUGGAGAACCUGUACGAGAUGAUCCACAAGCAGAGGCGCCUCUCGAAGACCAGCAAGAAGAAGCCCAGAUGAUCCUCGACCUCCGACUAGUUGGCCGCCUCUGCCAGCUGUCGGAAGUCCUGGUGCUGGGAGUGCUGCCCCGCGAGCUGGUGGAGCCGAGACGAUCAAGCUACCUAUGUGUAGUUCCCUCUUUGUUUUCCUCUCGUUUUUGGAAGCCUCGGGUGGUGUUUUAUGCAUAGGCCUACGUACCUUCCCCCAUCCCGUUGUAAAUGUGUGUGCGAAAUGCGUGUUUUUGCUGAGGGAGGCACUUCUAAAUUAUCUGUUGUGUUGCACUCGAGCGAGCAAGCAAGCGUAGUAUGUCUCUUGAGAGUUGGUAUCUUGUACAGAGCUGUGUGUGACUUUAUUUCGUAUGUGAACGCUUGUGAACAGCUCUUCUAUGUAGGCCUAUUCUUUGCCUUUUUUCUAGUUUCUGAUCUUCAGCUGUACGGAAAAAAUCCUAUUUGUAAUGUUUCGAACUGCACAUAGGACUCACGCAGAAAUCGUCCUGCACAAGGGCAUUUGGUGGAUUGUCGAUGUGCCUGCAAUGCUGCAAGAGCAGUGACAACGAGAACAAAGUUGAUUUGCGGACUCGUUCACGGAGGCAAAGACACACGAAGUGAUGGCGUUCGAGUGGCUCUCCAGCAGUCCAAUCAGCCUCUAAGGUCUACAGGUGUUUUUGACUUUGGUGGUGAGAUGCCAGAGGGUCGGGCCGACUGACUCUCGUUGAACCAUUGUGUACUGAACUCUUCGAAGUAUAAGGUGGACCCUGCAACGCCCUCCCAGUCCCCUCAAGUGUGUUUGAUUACCUGUGGACGUUUCUAAAAAAGAAAGAAAAAAAAUAUUUGUGCUACUGAAAUAUACAUGUACAUAUUGAAGGCAUCUGUGUAGAUUUCUUUUUAUUUUAUUUGUAAGAGGACCAUCCUUGACGAAGGUCCGUUGGCGUUUUAAUAAAGACUUUUUUUUUUUUUUUUUUUGGUACAAGACAGUCGCGAAUUCCCGAAUGUGGGUCUUAGUUUCGAAAUCACCCAAGGCCUCCGUUUGACUGUGAUCCAUCUUGUGAGCGUCUGUUGUUCUCUGUUCUGUGCGGGAAAGCCAAAGGGGAGAGGCCAGAUCAGGAGCGACUCGAGGAGGUGUCAUGGCGUCUGAUUCUAGUUUUGGAAAAAAAA